GUUGCCGCGCAGCUGCCGUAUAGGAAGGGAGAGUAGGAAACUUUUUUCGCUCGCCAAACAAAACGCCACAAGAAAAAGAACAUUUCCAAAAUUCUUCACUGGGGGAAAAGCAAUUUUUUUCUGUGUGUGUGCGUGUUAGUGUCCAACAAUUUUGAGACAGUGUUUUCGAGUUUUCUACGCAACAACAGCCCAACAGCCAAAUUAGCAUAAAUCAUGUCGCUCUAUCGCAUUUCUGCACGUAAACUUGUCGACGCACAGAAAGCUCCUAUUGUUGGCGCUUAUGUGCGUCAAAUUGCUUCUGAUGGCGCCAGCCUGCGUGAAGUGCUUGCCGCCAAGAUCCCCCAAGAGCAGGAGCGGGUUAAGGCAUUCAGGAAACAGCAUGGUUCAACAAAGAUGGGCGAGACGACCAUUGAUAUGAUGUACGGUGGCAUGCGCGGCAUCAGGGCUCUGGUUACAGAGACCUCUGUGCUGGAUCCCGAUGAGGGUAUUCGCUUCCGUGGCCUAUCCAUUCCCGAAUGCCAGAAGGUGCUGCCUGCCGCACCGGGUGGAUCCGAGCCACUGCCAGAAGGCCUCUUCUGGCUGCUGAUGACCGGCGAGGUGCCGACCCAGAGUCAGGUGCAGCAGCUAUCUUGCGAAUGGGCCGAUCGUGCUGCCCUGCCCCAGCAUGUGGUUACCAUGCUGAACAACAUGCCCACCACACUGCAUCCGAUGUCGCAGUUUGCUGCCGCCGUUACGGCCCUCAAUCAUGACAGCAAAUUCGCCAAGGCGUACUCUGCGGGCGUGCACAAAUCGAAGUACUGGGAAGCGACCUAUGAGGAUAGCAUGGAUUUAAUUGCCAAACUGCCGGUGGUUGCUGCCACCAUCUAUUGCAAUACGUAUCGCGGCGGCAAGGGAUCCCGUGCGAUUGAUUCCAAUCUGGAUUGGUCUGCCAAUUUCGUGAAAAUGCUCGGCUAUGACACUGCCCCGUUCACCGAGCUGAUGCGUCUCUAUCUAACCAUUCACAGUGAUCACGAGGGUGGCAAUGUGUCCGCUCACACCACGCAUUUGGUUGGUUCCGCACUCAGUGAUCCGUAUCUAUCGUUUGCCGCCGGCUUGAACGGUUUGGCUGGUCCACUGCACGGUCUGGCCAACCAGGAGGUGCUCCUCUGGCUGCGCAAGUUGCAGAAGGAGGCUGGCAACAAUCCCUCUGAGGAGCAGCUUAAGGAAUACAUCUGGAAGACGCUCAAGUCCGGACAGGUUGUGCCCGGCUAUGGUCACGCUGUGCUGCGCAAGACCGAUCCUCGUUAUACCUGCCAACGCGAGUUCGCCCUCAAGCAUCUGCCCGAUGAUGAUACCUUCCAGCUGGUAUCGAAUAUCUACAAGGUGGUGCCACCAAUUCUAACUGAACUUGGCAAGGUGAAGAACCCCUGGCCCAAUGUGGAUGCUCACUCCGGUGUUCUGCUGCAAUACUAUGGCAUGAAGGAGAUGAACUAUUACACCGUACUGUUCGGCGUCUCCCGAGCCCUCGGCGUACUCGCCUCCCUUGUCUGGGACCGUGCCCUAGGCCUGCCCAUCGAGCGUCCCAAGUCCUUCUCCACCGAUGCGCUCAUGAAGCUGGUGAAGAAGUAAGCACAGCAAAUUCGUUAAAUGCAAAAGAAACGAAAAAAAACAAUGCUGCGUUAUCCAAUGCAGUAGUGUCCUGUGGCUGGGGGAAGGGGGGAGUUCAGUAAAUGUACAACAACAACAACAACAAAAACAACAACAAUAAUAAUAUUUAUAUUAACACCAACCAACAAUUCGAAACGUGAAGCAAAAAUAUUAGCAGUUGGCAAGUAAUGGACGAGAGAGAAUCCACGCAGAUGGAGACGAUGGAGUAUUGACGAUAAAUCAUAAAAGUAUGAUGGAAAUCACAACAACAAGGUGUUGAUAUUGGGAUAGCGAGAGAGAGAGAGAGAGAGAGAGGGAGAGAGCGAUAGAGAGAGAAGUGAGAAGAGAGGAUAGUUAAGGAAGUUGAACAAAUCUAGUAAAGGAAAAUCAAGAAUAAUAACCAAAUGCGAAAUCUGCAACAGCAAAACAAUAAGUUGGAAAUAAGGCAACCUUUAUAUUUAGUAAUGUAGCUAAAUUAUAAAUGAAUCAUAUAAAAAAAAAAAAAAAAAAAAAAAACACAUAGAAUGAAGAGAGAAAUGUUAAAAUGCAAAUGCAAAUGCAAAAAUAAAAUCACUUAAACAUAUGUUUAAGCGCUAUUUAUACCAUAUUAAGAUCAAUCUAUAAUGGGAAACAACAACUGUUUGCACACAUCCCAUUUUUCACUUUUUAUUUACCAACUUUAUGUUGAGCAUUUUUUCCAACUUCAACAAACGCUUUGCUUUUCGUAUGUCCUUCCUGAACUGCUUAAUUAGUUUGUUACUUAAUUAAACUUUAAGCCGAUAUUAUGUUUGCGGUCUCUUAUGCAUUGACUAAACUUACCGGAGGAAAACCCGAACCACUCAAAGCCCCGCUUAAUUUCUAAAAACUAACUUGAUAAAACUUUACUUUUAAUUUACCCUUUAA